AUGAGAGUUCUCAAGGAGAAUGGGGAUACAGACUACGGAAGGAAGUUCAAGCUCAAGAACAUCGUAAGCGCAGAGGAGUUCCGAAAACGUCAUUCGUUGACGACCUAUGAAGAUUACAAACCUUAUGUCGAACGGGUAAUGGCUGGAGAGCAAGGUGUGAUGACCCAGGUGAUUCCGAAUGCAUUUGUACAGACCUCAGGUACGACAGGUCCCUCAAAGUAUUUCCCACAGAGAGAUCACAGGUAUCUUUUAACAAGUAUUAUGGAUGUUCUAUAUACCCAUCUGCACGAACUCUGUCCACGUCUGGGGAUGCUUCAGAAAAAGUUAUUUCACUACGUCCAGCCAGUAAUGUCUAGAGCUAAGAACGGAGGGAGUAUCAGGUCUGCCAUGUCUUUAUAUGAAGAUGGCUUCAUGGCAUCCUGUUAUACCACACCGCCUUCGGGUUUUCGCAUUCAAUCCUUCAACGAAGCAAAUUACAUCCACCUUCUUUUUGCUCUCCUCGAUCCAAACACUGGUGUAUUCUGUGGCACGUUUAUAGGCGGCAUUGAUACUUUGAUGAAGAAACUUGAGCAAUGUUGGGAGGACAUUGUGGAUGAUAUCGAGCAUGGAACAAUCACUGAGAAGGUUAAGUUCGACGAUGCUGACAUCAGAUCAUCACUUGAACAGGCUCUUGGCGGAGGUCACCCGGAGAGGGCGGGCGAGCUGAGAAGGCAGUUCGAGAAAGGUUUUAACGGUAUCAUGAAAAGGGUGUGGCCAAACCUUGAGGUGCUAGCCGCCGUAGAUAAUACUGGAAUUUGGCCUGAUGUCAAGGCAAAAUAUGCAGAAGGUAGGCAAAUAAGGUUAAUUUCAUGA